AUGGCGCUGAAACCCUCUUCCCCGGAAAUCAUCAAGGCUGCUCAAGAGUUUGUGUCCUACUUGAACAAGGCAGUUACACCAUUCCAUGCGGUUCAAGAAGUCAAGAAGCGUCUGGUGAACGCUGGAUUCCAGGAGCUGCCUGAAUCAGGAAGCUGGAAUAUUCAGCCGAAAAAUAAGUAUUUUGUCACCAAAAAUCGAUCGGCAAUCCUUGCAUUCGCUGUUGGCGGUGGCUACAAACCGGGCAAUGGAUUCUCGAUCGUCGUCGGCCACACAGACAGUCCGUGCCUUCGCGUGAAGCCGAUCUCAAAGCAGAAGGGCGAGAAGUUUUUGCAAGUCGGUGUUACCACCUACGGCGGCGGCAUCUGGAGAACCUGGUUUGAUCGUGACCUCUCGGUCGCCGGUCUUGUUGUUGUCAGAAGCGACAAGGGAUUGACGCACAAGUUGAUCGACGUGAAGAAGCCGAUCCUGUUUGUGCCGAACUUGGCGAUUCACUUGGAAACCGAUCGCGCCACGUUCAAGCCGAACCUUGAAGUUGAAAUUCGACCGAUUCUUGAGACGUUCGUCGCCGCUGAGAUCAACGCGUGCAAGAAAGAAUGCAAUUCGGAUGAGCCGACCGAUCCGAGAUCUGUCGUCAACUGCCAUCAUCCGCAAUUCUUGGAGAUCAUUGCUAAAGAAGCGGGAUGCAAACCCGAAGAAAUUGUGGAUUUGGAUUUGUAUCUUUAUGACGUCAAUCCAGCGGCGAUUGUUGGAGCGAAGGAGGAGUUCAUCGCCGGCGCUCGACUCGACAAUCAAGUGGGAACCUAUACCGCGGUCACCGGCCUUCUCGAGUCGCUUGCCGACGACAGUUGGCUGACGGACGCGCAGGUCAGAAUUGCCGCCUGCUACGAUAACGAGGAGGUUGGAUCGGCGUCGGCUCAAGGGGCUGGAUCCUCGUUCACCGAGUACGUGAUGCGCCGAUUGGCUGCCGGAGGAUCGAGUACGGCGUUUGAGGAAGCGAUCGGCAAGAGUUUGUUGGUGUCUGCCGAUCAGGCGCAUGCGGCUCAUCCGAAUUAUCCAGCCAAGCAUGAGGAAAACCAUCGUCCUGCAUUCCAUGGUGGAAUCGUCGUCAAGGUCAAUGUGAAUCAGAGAUACGCGACAACCUCGACGACCCAUUCUGUUUUGAAGCAAGUCGCCUUAGAAGCUCAGGUGCCGCUUCAGAUCAACGUCGUCCGAAAUGACUCUCCUUGUGGAUCUACUGUUGGUCCGAUCCUCUCAACUCGCCUUGGACUUCAGACUGUUGAUGUUGGAGGCGCUCAACUCGCCAUGCAUUCAAUCAGAGAAUUCGCCGACACUUCCGGUAUCUACCAUGCUACGAAGCUCUACGCGAAAUUCUUCCAACGCCUUCCGGCAAUUUUGGACAGCAUGGAAUAG